AGAGGGUUUAAUUAAACUUCUUGAACAUCGCCGUGGCCAGGAUGGCGCAUAUAUUGGAUGCAUGAAGUCAGGAGACGUGAUAUCAGAAGAGGGAAAGCCUUGGUAUGAACCUGAUUGGUGGAAAUUUGGGGAUGAAAAAUCGUAUUUCCGACAUGCAUCUGGUUCACUUGUUAUACUUUCAAAGAAUUUGGCACAGUACAUUAACAUAAACAGUGUAUCUUUGAAGACAUAUGCUUAUAAAACUACCUAUUCCAAAGCUGUUUGUAUUCAAACCGCCAUGCGAGGAAUGGCUUCUAGAAAUGAACUUCGAUUCAGGAAGCGGACCCUAAGAAGACUGCGAAGAAAGAGAGGAGCGAGAUCUUUUAGAUUCAGUGGAAUCAAAAAGGGACUAGCUAAAGUAAUGGUUCAGGAAGAUUUGGAAAUUGGAUCCAAGGGCCAUGAACAAGGAAACGGCAAUGUGGUUAAGGAUUUAUGGAAUACCAUGUCAUACAUGGAAUCAUAA